AUGGUUCCUCAACCCUGUCCAAAUGGCACGUUUACGCCUCCUGAUGUAGGUGGUCUGCAGGAGGAGAGAGAGUGCUUGCCAUGCCCACCAGGAAAGUUCUGCAGGGCUGGCCAGGUCAAAGGCCUGUGUGCUGCUGGAUUUGUGUGUGUCUCUGGUAGUUCAGAGUUCACGCCUCAGAGUUCUGUCCUGAUCAACAGAGACCAGUGUGAGUCGGGAGUGCUGUGUGCUGGUCCAUGUCCUGCUGGGUUUUAUUGCCCUGAAGGCACAGAGGAACCUCUAGCAUGCCCUGCCAACACUAUAAGGGUAAGCCCUGGAGCAAGUACUGUACAUGACUGCCUGCUCUGCCCUCCAAGACAUUGGUGCAAAGAAGGUAAUCCUACACCACACAUGUGUCCGCCUGGCUUUUACUGUGAUGGCAUUGUUGAUCACGAAUCUAAGGGGAGGCCUGGGCCAAGAGAAUGUCCCAUGUUCACCUACAGACCCUCACCUGGGGCAGGAAGCAAGGGAGACUGUCUCAUCUGCCCACCUGGCACUUUCUGUAACUCCACAGGGCUCACUGACGUCUCAAGCUUCCUUUGCCCUCCGGGUCAUUGGUGCAGUGGGACAGGUAUCCCUGUACCCUGUCCUGCAGGCACCAUGAGGGUACAGCCAGGGGCUGCUAAUGCUAGUCAGUGUGAGCCUUGCCCUUCCGGUAACUACUGCCCAGACCCUCGCACCACAGGCCUUGCUAAUAUAGCAGCCAUCCCUUGCCGAGCUUCUUACGAAUGCCCAACAGGUUCAGUGACAGAGGUUCCUUGCAGAACUGGUUCAUACUGCGGAUCUCAGACAGGUGUACCCACCCCGUGCCCUGCAGGCUACUUCUGUCCUGAAGGAUCUCACACCUACAGCUCACCACAGCAAUUAUGUACUUUUCCUCAUUACUGCCCAGCCAACAGCUCUGUCAUACUGUCCUGUGCUGAUGGCUGGAUGCCGCUGAACAGCAGUGGACUGAGGAAGUCCCAGGAGAGCAGCUGUGUACAAUGUGGAGCCGGCACAUAUCGGUCCAGUCUGUCCCCUCACCUCCAGUGUCUCCUAUGUCCAGCGGGAUAUCACUGCCCUCCAGGCUCACACCAUUACAGUGGUCAGCCCUGUCCAGUGGGGUAUGUUUGUCCGCAAGGCACAUCUGAUCCUUUUCCCUGUCCACCUGGCUCAUAUGGAAACCGCAGUGGAUCAGAGUCACCCGAGGAAUGUCACAAAUGCCCACCAGGAACCUUCAAUCACUUACAUGCUCAGAGAGCCUGUUUCCCUUGUGGAAGUUCAUCCACCUCAGCUGCAGGGGCAUCCUCUUGUGGCUGCAUAGGCAAGAACCGUGCAUUUCAGCACUCGGAUGGGUCGUGUUUGUGUAAAAUGGGUUUUGUCUUCUACAAUGAAUUGGAUUUCAAGAGCUCAGCUGGAGACAGUGAGCUAGACUGUCAGCCUGAAGUAAAAAAACGCUGUGGGGCAGGUCAAGUGAGACUGGCCUCUACACUGGAGUGCGUUGUCCCCUCCACUUACUCCUGUAACAUCACAUGUGGACCUCAGGGUGGAAGUCUGGAUGUAGGGAUGGGAAUCUGUCACUGUAAGAGGUAUGUGUCGGUGGAGGAGCUGUGUAACUCCUCGUGUCUAUCCACACUGCCGGUGCUCUCUGCCAGGUUGGUUACAGAUGGACAGCUGCUGCUAAGAAUAAAAUCCACAGAUGAAAGCAAGACAUGGAGCAGGAACAUGGUAAAUGUACUAGGACCUGAUGUCCAUGUUAAGAACAUCGGGAAGAUCCACUUUGUCCAGUUUGCUCCAGAUGGAGUGUUUGGUUGGAUAUUAAAAGACCCCAUUCUCAUUGACUCUUUACUGACAGAACCAGUUGAGAUUUUGGAGAAGGAUUUUAGGAGGAAAAGGCACAUUGAUCAGAAUGAGCUUUCCAAGACUCUCCCACGCAUUCCAAAUCCCAUAGCAUGCUUGUCCCCAAAUGACAUGCUCAUCUUUCAGCUCACUAUCAUCCAAACUGACCGCCACCUUAGUCACUUCCCAGUGUACCAGAAGGACCAUCUGUUCAGCAGUAACCCUAGCUGGGACUUUGGCGCUUUCAGACGUCUGGAGCAUCUUAUCAAACACACACAGCUAAAUUCCAGCAGAUUUGCACAUGUGUUCAUGGAGCCGGGAAAGUAUGUGUUCCUGGAUAAUGCAGUGUUGGACUGGAGCCUGAUAGUGGUGGUGAGUGAGCAGGGAUCGGAGUGCAACCCUACAGCUGCCAUAUUCCAUCCCACAACCCCUGCACAACUAGUGCGACAUGGGAUUGUUAAACAGCACAACUUAAAUCUGCUUCCAGACUGGGGUCUCAUCACAGGGAUCUUAUCUUUGCUGGUGUUGCUGAUAAUAGUGUUGACAAUCACUGCUCUAGUCCUGCAGCCUAAUCGGUCCAAACUCAUUGCUCAAGGUCGGCCAAAGCCCAAGUGGCGCAGCUUGGGUGAACCCACUGUUCUCAAUGAAUAUCUUUAUAAUACGGACUGCUCUGAGCCAUUAGGUCUGAGAGGGGUGGGUGAAGGAGCAGAAUCAGAGGAACCUGCUGUGUGCAAAGGAGGUUUCAGAAAUUCACUAAUGGAACUGGAGGAGUUCAAUGUGAAAACGCUGUAUGACAAGUUAGAGGAUCAGAAUCUACACCUGGCAUCCCAGCUAGCAAAGCACCGCAAAGACACACAGGAGUUCUACAGGAACAUGUGCCAGCUAAUUGAUGCUCUAAGGGACACACUAGAAAAUAUGGAACCCUCAAAGCUGAACCAGCUGAAAAAAAUUCUAGACAAUGAAGUAUUGGUUAAAAGAGAAUCUGCUCACGAGCCGUGUAUGGGGCUGAUGGAAGCCGUGUUGAAGUCUUUGGAGGGAGUGCUGUGCAGGAUGAAUGCAGAGGUCUGGCAGCAGCAAGACAGCACAGCUACGAACAGCCACAGAGACACCAGAGAGAGCGAACUGCACACUGGAUACACUCAUUUUUCUCCAGCAGACAUGACAGAGCUCAAAAUGAGGCCUGAAACAGAGGCAGCUUCCUCAGAUCCAGGUCAACAGCAGAGCACCGUUCCCUGUGUGAGUGAAGAGGAACUAGCCAAAUUUGUGUCUCUGACACCUCUCUCCAGAACACUGCAGGAGAUAAAGGACUCUCUUCAGACUCUUGCUCACAUGCCCAGGAUAGGGGAAGUAAUUAUCAACAGCCCAGUGGAGAGCGAGCUGACACACCUGAUCCCGGUUGCCCUUGACAACCUUUCACCACAGCAUUUUGCAGUCUUCCUGUUCGGCUGCCACACUGUGCGUCUGUUGAGCAGAGCUUGUGCCUUCCCCCCUGUCAUGCUGCUAUUGGCCAAGACAGUGCCAGUCUCUCACUGUGAUAACCUAAUUGCCUACUGCAACAAAGACUUUUAUUAUGACACAUCCAACCAAAUUCUGUACAUCCUAGAAAAUAAACUACAAAAUGCUGGCCAGUUUAUCACUAUUCUGCUACACUCUAUGGCCUAUAUUACCUCAGGCUCAAAGACUCUUGACUUCAUGAAAGCCUUCCACUUGGCCAUAUCGACAUUAAGCAUGCGUUUGUUCCAUCACUCUUUCACUGAGGAACAGAGGAAUGGACAGAUGGAUGAGAAAAACAAAGAAGAGGCCUUUGGAGCAAUAGUAGAGGACUUCUUUAGUGUUAAAAUACCUACAGAAACUAAUUUCACUCAGCACCUACUAGCAGAGAGACUUCAAGUGUAUAAAUACUUCAAGUUGGAGCAGCUCCUCCAGGAACUAAAACCAACUCUAACAGAAAAAUAUGGAGAAGUUGUGGGACGUGGGCAAACCGGCCUAAAAACUGAAACACCAGCGCUGUUUGUGGAGCGAGAAAUAUACAGAUUUGAUGAGGUUUACCAGCAGCUAUCUUCUGAACUCCACAAGAAAACACACAUAUGCAGCCCACCAGAGAAAAAACAGUCCAACCAUGACAAACUGCUUCAGGAGCAUGAAAUGGUGCUGGAACAUAAGAAGAAUACAGUGGAGCAGAGACUGAAGGAGAUGAAAGAGAGACUGUCUAAACUCAGAACAAGCCAGAGAGUGAGUCCUAAUGAGGACAGACCAGCUCAGAGCACAGUACUAGCACAAGAUGACAAGCAAUCACCCAGCAAACACAAACCAGACAGCAGUGGAGCAGAGAAGCAGACACCUGCCACAGAACAGUCUAGAAACAAGAAACAGAAGAGCAAACAUAAGGACAAAGAUGAGGAAAAGCGUGUUACCUCUUAGCAAAUGUGUAAAACUUAUUUAUUAAUUAUUAUAAAAAUAUAUUAUUUAACAAUAAUAUGUAACAAGCUGUCCUUGCCUUUAUGCUAAACAUCAUCACAAACUUAAAUGUAUAGUGUUUUAAAUAUGUGAGGCUAUGUCAUCUAAUGGAAUUGCUAAAAUAAUGACUCAUUUCAAAGUUUCUAUCUUUUUUAUCUCUCUCUCUCUCUCUCUCUCUCUCUCUCUCUCUCUCUCUCUCUCUCGUGUUCUUCUUUUGUAAAGUUGAUUUUAUAGCCUGAAAUAAAAUAUCAGAAU